GUCAUGUGUGUCCAGAUCAAAUGCUUCCACGAGAUCAUCACCAUUGGUUACAACGUGUACCAUUCUUAUGAGCUGCCCUGGUUCAGGACACUGAGUUGGUACUUCCUGCUCUGUGUGAACUAUUUCUUCUACGGCGAGACGGUGACAGAUUAUUUUUUCACUCUGGUCCAGAGGGAGGAGCCCUUACGCAUUCUUAGCAAAUAUCACCGUUUCAUUUCCUUCACCCUCUACUUAACAGGCUUUUGCAUGUUCGUCUUGAGCCUGGUGAAAAAGCAUUAUCGUCUUCAGUUUUACAUGUUUGGCUGGACCCAUGUGACUUUGCUAAUAGUUGUUACCCAGUCGCACCUCAUCAUUCACAACCUGUUUGAAGGAAUGAUCUGGUUUAUUGUCCCGAUUUCCUGUGUCAUCUGCAAUGACAUCAUGGCAUACAUGUUUGGAUUCUUUUUUGGACGUACCCCGCUGAUUAAG